CUUGUCGGAAAUGCCGCCCCAAAAAAAGCGCUCCCGUGGCUCCGGCAAGGCGCCAAUCGACCCCAAAACCGCUCAAAAUGAGGACCGUGUAGUGGAGAUGAUGGAGGAUGACUCCGACAGUAGCGAGAGUGAAGACGACCUCACAUUCGCUCCCAACGAUGGAGCUGAUGACGAUGACGACUCGGACGACGAGAUGGACGGCGGAGAAGCUACUACUGCUGCUGCCGGCAGCAACGUCAACGUGGACUUCCUCUUCUCAGACCCGCGCGAGGCUCAUUUCCACAGCGUCAAACAGUUUCUACUGGCCUAUCUGCCUCCUACGCAGCCCUUCGACGUGUCUGGACUGGCCAAUGCCAUCGUAGGUCAAGUCACUGCCGGUACUAUGGUCUGCGUGGAAGGCGAGGAUGACGUAUAUGGCUUCAUCACUGCGCUCAACCUUAAAAGCUUCGUCAACGAGACAAGCAUCCAGCAGAUCCUACAGUACGUGACUAAAAAGUGUCCAAGUACCGAGCUGUCAAAGCUUCAGCAGAUUCUUAACACCAAGAACGUGGGUCUUGUGCUCAACGAACGCAUGGUAAACCUACCGUAUCAAUUGGUACCAGCACUUCACUCGGCGCUGCAUGAGGAUAUUGAGUGGGCGAUUGAGAACGAGGACACGGAGGAGCUACGCAACAGCUUCAAGAUGGACUAUUUCCUCAUUCUGGCCACCUGUACGGAGGAGAAGAGCGGCAGUAGCGGCUCCAAGAAGGGCAAAAAGUCCAAGACGGCGUAUGAGCAGACAGCCAAGUUCUUCCACAACUUCGAGGACGAGUUCCUGGAGCAGGAGGCCGAGCUUUCCUUCUCGUUUGACACGCCCUUGACUGAACGCGAGCAGGUGGACAAGAGCAGCAAGACUACAGUUGUGAUGCUGCUCGAGCGCGAAAAACACAAGGCGGCGUUGGCCAGCAUCUCGGCAAUGAUCAACGUGUAA